AGUUUUGAUUUAUUUUUCGCGGAAUAUUAAAGUAGUUUUAAUUGCAUUAAAUAAAUCAAUAAAUCAAAUAAGAUGAAAUUGUUACUUCAGAAUUAGAAUAUUUUUCAAAAAUUGAAGAAUACCUUAAAUGGAUGCAUCAAAAAAUUUUAUGAUACAUAUUAAGAUUUAGAACAGAUGUAGAAGUUUGAAAUGAUUGUUGAGGACAAACUUCUUUUUAGAUAUUCUUGUAGUUAAUCAGAAAUGUUUUCAGCUCAAAUUUAAGCACACUAUUUAGAAAAAAGAGUACUCUAAUUAACUGAUGGUAAUGUUAAAUAUAUAGUUAAUUUUAGAGAUAAAGGGGUUUUAGAUAAAGCUAACUUUUUUGAUACUCCAAAUAAUAGCUUGGUUAUUAUAAGGCAGUGGAGCUAUGAGAUUUAUUACACUAAAAAUACUUUUUAAAUUAAUCUAGUGAUAGAUGAAAUGAGAUGCAUAGAUAUUAUUACCACUAUUUUUUAUUGCAAAUUAGAAUUAGAUUUUACAUAGGGGAUUAAAGGGAUUAGCAAGUCAUCUUCUUUUUCUAAUUAGAUUUAUGAGUAUUCAGCUCAAUAUUAUAAAGCAAUAUAGUUAUUAAAAAAACUAUUGAUCAACGACUCUUAUAUUUCAGAGCUUUAUAACUCAACUAAAUCAAAAUAAUAGCCAAGACUUUUUAUUUUUUAAUCAUUUAAGCCAAAAAUGAAUUUAGCCGAAUAAAACUUAAGUAGAUAAUUUGAAUAGUGUUAAUAAGAUGAUUUUGGUGAUGGUUGCUUAUUAUAAAUAGUUAACUAUACUCAUUAAAGCCUAAAGUAAAUAGAAAAUAAAAAUAAUAGUAAUUAAAUAGUGAAUGGUUAGAAUGAAAUAAGUAAAAAGAAAAGAGUUUUGAAAAGCAAUGAAGAUCUUUACAAAAUUUCUUUAUAAAAGUAAUUAAAAAUCUUUUAGGAAGAAGAAAUAGAAUUACAUUCUUAAUCCACUAUCAGGAAUUAAACAAAUUAAUAACUUGAAACUUUUGAAUCAGAUACAAGCAAAAGAAACAGUGAAAAAAUAUUACACUCAAUUAAUGAACUCAAUACUUCAAAACAAAAAGUUAAUUAAAUGAAUAGUAGUUAACACUAAAUAUAAAAAUUAGAAAACAAUAAUCUUAAUAAAAACAUUUUAAACUAAAUAAAUGAGAAUGAUAUUAAAAAUGAAUUAGAAGAGAGAUAAUAGUAACAUCUAACAUAAUCAUUCAAUAGCAAAGCUCAAUUAAAAAAAAUAAUUACAUUAAAAAAAAAUUAAGAUAUUUUAUUAUUUAAGCCUCAGGAAUAAGAGGGUUCUAAAAAAUAUUGA